AUGGACAUGAAAUUUGCUUUGUGGGGGAUGAAGCAUUUCGAGAACUUUCUAAGGCGGAUCCAACAGGAAACAAGUUGUUGGAUGAGGCAAUGGCAGCAGAUAAAAGUGAUGAAUGGUUUGCUAAGCAAAUUAAACCUCAAUAGAAGAUAUCAUGUGGAACAAGCAUUUACGAUUCUUGUCCAUCACCUGCGAGGACCCUUGAAUAUCUGUGAAGAGAUGACCAUUUUGCAUGGGGGCUUUUUGCUGGCCGAGCAGCUGUUCCACCCCAAAGCACUGGCAGAGUUGGCAAAGUCUGACUGGGAGCAUGUGGGGCGGCCCAUUGUGGAGGCCUUGCGGGAAAUCUCUGCCACGGCAUGCUCCCAGGCCUCUGCCUGGAAGAGGAAAGCCCUGGUCAUCAUCUGGGCCAAGGUCCUCCAGCCCUACCCCGUCAUCCCGUCUGACACCGAAACGCGGUGGCAGGAAGAUGUGUUCUUCUCGGUAGGCAACAUGAUCCCUACCAUCAAUCACACGGUCCUUUUUGAGCUGCUCAAGUCCCUGGAAGCUUCUGGACUCUUUAUCCAGCUCCUGAUGGCCCUCCCUACCACCAUCUGCCGGGCAGAACUGGAGCGCUUUUUGGAGCACAUGGCCGUUGACACUUCGUCCAAGGACGUGGCCUUCUUCCUCGACGUGUGGUGGGAAAUGAUGAAGCACAAGGGCGGUCAGCAGGACCCUCUGCUCUCCCAGUUUAGGACCAUGGCCAAUAAGUACUUGUCCUCUCCGGAUGAGUUCUCCCAUCCUCCGAAGAGGUUUAAGUCAGACCCUGACGUGUGUCCCACCAUGCCUUUGUUGGCCAUGCUGCUCACUGGGCUGAAGCAAAUCCAAAGUAGGAUCUCGGGCCCCGGGAUGAAGUGCUGUGCGUUAGCCAAUUUGGCGGACAUGCUGACCGUGUUUGCCCUGAUGGAGGACGACCCUCAGGAAGUGUCCGCCACUGUGUAUCUAGACAAGCUGGCCACGGUGAUCUCCGUGUGGAAUUCGGACACCCAGAACCCGUAUCACCAGCAGGCACUGGCAGAGAAGGUAAAGGAGGCAGAACGGGAUGUCAACCUGAGUUCGCUGGCCAGACUCCCCAAUGAAACGAUUUUUGCCGGGUUUGAGUUCAUGCGCAGUCUCCUGCGGGAGUGGGGGGAGGAGCUGCAGGCCAUGCUCAACAGCACCCAAGGGACGAGUUACGACAGCUACCGGCUGUGUGACAGUCUGACUUCCUUCAGCCAGAACUUGAAACUUUACCUGGGUACCACCAGCUUAUCCAAGGAGGAGAGGCAGGUGGUCUCUGAACUGGCAGAGUGCGUUGGGGAUUUCCUGAGAAAAACGAACAAGGUGCUCAACAAAGGCUUGGAGAAAGACAUCACUGCCGCGAUUGCCAUGGCCAUUAUUGAGCAGAGGAUGGACCGGCAUCUGGAAAUGUGCUACAUUUUUGCUUCUGAGAAGAAGUGGGCCUUCUCAGACGAGUGGCUAGCCUGCCUGGUUAAUAACCAGUCUCUCUUCCGAGAGCCAGGCUUGGUAUUAAAGCUACUGGAAACUGUGGUGGAAGUCGGCACGACAGACGGAGCCAUCCCGCAAUCUCAGAUCAAACAAGUGAUUGACGUGAUCCUGGAGUGUUACGCAGGCCUCUCGCUGCCAGAUAAAAAUAAAGUCCUCUCAGGUGUCCUGGUUUCCUGGGGGCGAAAGGGCCUCUGUGAGAAGCUGUCGGCUUACUUGGAGGGGUUUCAGGAAGACCUCAACACGACUUUUAACCAGCUAGCACAGAGUGCUUCCGAACAGGGCUUGGCCAAGGCUGUAGCUUCUGUGGCCCGCCUGGUGAUCCUGCACCCAGAGGUCACAGUGAAGAAAAUGUGCAGCAUGGCAGUGGUCAAUCUCGGCAUCCACAAGUUCCUGGCUCAGAUCCUCACCGCCUUCCCCGCCCUCCGGUUCACGGAGGAGCAGGGUCCAAAUCCAGCCACUUUGGUCGUGUCAUGCCUCAAAGAAACCGUCUGGACAAAGUUCUCUACGCCCAAGGAAGAGAAGCAGUUUCUGGAGCUCUUGAGAUGCCUGAUGAGUCCCGUGAAGCCCCCAGGGAUUCCAGUUGCGACCCUUCUCGAGCCAGACGAGGUCCUCAGGGAAUUCGUCCUGCCUUUCUUGAUGCUGGAUGUUGAAGAGGUGGACCUCAGCCUGAAGAUCUUCAUCCAGACCCUCGAAGUAAACGCCUGCUCAGAGGAAUGCUGGCUCCAAACCUGCUCCCCGUUCCCCCUCAUCUUCAGCCUGUGCCAGCUCCUGGACCACUUCGGUAAAUACUGGCGGCUCCCCAAGGAGAAGCGCUGCCUCUCUCUGGACGGGAAGGACAUGGUGGUCCAGAUCCUGGAGCGCUUCUGUGCGAUCGUCCUAGCCAACGCCGAGACCUUCUCCCCAGACACCUGGAUCAAGUCCCUGUCCUGGCUCCACCGGAAGCUGGAGCAGCUGGACUGGACGGUGAGCCUGAGGCUGAAGGACUUCUUUGAGGGCCACUUCAAGUGUGAGGUGCCAGCCACACUCUUCGAGAUCUGUAAGCUUUGUGAGGAAGAGUGGACCUCCCAGGCCCACCCCGGGUAUGGGCCCGGCACAGGGCUCCUGGCCUGGAUGGAGUGCUGCUGCCUCUCCAGCAGCAUCUCCGAGCGGAUGCUCUCCCUCUUGGUCGUGGGUAUGGACAACCCCGAGGAGGUCAAGUUGUUCAGCAAGGGCUUUCUGGUAGCCCUGGUGCAAGUCAUGCCUUGGUGCAGCACCCAGGAAUGGCAGUGCCUUUUCCAGUUGACCAGGAGACUGUUGGAGAAACAACUCCUACAUGUCCCUUACAGCCUGGAAUAUAUUCAGUUUGUUCCUCUGCUCAACCUGAAGCCCUUGGCCCAGGAGCUCCAACUCUCCGUUCUCCUCCUGAGAGCUUUCCAGUUUCUCUGUGGCCAGAGCUGUCGCGGCUGGCUGCCUCUGGAAGGCUGGAGCCAUGUGGUCAAACUCCUCUGCAGCAGUCUGACCAGCCUCCUGGACUCGGUUAGGCUGAUGCGGUCAGUUGGCCCUUGGGCCCAAGGAGAACAGGACCUGACCCAGGAAGCCCUGUUUUUUUAUACUCAGGUAUUCUGUCAUGUUUUGCACAUCAUGGCCAUGCUCCACCAAGAGGUGUGUGAACCGCUCUACGUUUUGGCCUUGGAAAUCCUCACCUGCUAUGAAACCCUGAGCAAGACCAACCCUUCCGUUAGCGCCUUACUCCAGAAGGUAAAUGAGCAGCACUUCCUCAAGUCCAUUGCCAAGAACAUUAGCCCCGAGGAGCGGCGCCAAACCCUGCUGCAGAAGAUCAGCAACUUCUGA